AUGGUUCUACGUGGAUGCCAAUUAAUUGGGAAGGCGGUCGGUUCUGUUCUAAGAUUCCUGUCUAAGUUCCUGGAUUAUAUUGAUAUUGAUGAUCUAGGGCUGAAUGACGACGAUGCCCUUGAAGCCCUUCCCCUAAUGGAUGCGAUCCUUAGAGAGGAAUUUACUGCUGUGGAAGAUGGAUCUACUAUAGAAGAUAGACCUAAGAUACCAACUCCACUUUCAAUUAAAGCAAAGGGUGGUCUUAUAGCAUUGGAAUUUGAACAUGUUGCUGAGCUUCCUAAGUAUCCUCGGUCACAUGAACAAGGCUAUGCUUAUUUGAUCGAUCUUAAGGGUAUUCCAGAAGAUAAGAUCUCUAAUCGAGUUAAUUCUAUUGUGCAUUACGAGACUUAUAUUGGAGAAAUUUAG